UAAAGAUGUGAGAAAAAGAAGAAAAAAUAUAUAAAAUAAUAAAUAAAUUAAAAACUUCAGCUGCUUGCUGUAAAAUUAUUGCCAGAUUAAAAAGAAAGAAAAAGAUAGUUGGGAAAAAUGUACAGAAGACCUUGAGAAGGCCAUAAGGGUUAAACAAAUGUACCCUGAGCUGUAUGACGAGAUGAAGGACCCACCCAGACUGGCAUGUACAGGAAGAGGGCGGGAUGUAUUUUAGGCCCCAACAACAACCAGCGGAGACCCGACCAAAACACUGAGAGGUACGAUGAUGGAAACUUCUCUUCACUGUCUGCUCUGUAAGUAGAAAACAUGCAUGUUUGUUUUAUUUACCCAGAAAUACUUUACUCAUGCUGAUCUGGACCAAUUAAAACGGGUCAGAUGAGAAACACAUGAUGAUUUGUUAGUUAAACAGGAACUUUAGAAAGAUUUCCAGGCUAGUAUAGAAAAAACCACAUAACUGCACAGAAUCACAGUUUAAUGUAAACUAGUGAAAGAAGCUUGUAAAGCAUGAAAAAUAGAAACAGUUUUAUUUGUUAAUAUUAAAGAUAGAAUCACAUCUGAACACAAACUGCUGAAUAUUAAUGACAAUACUUUUUUAAACACAUAUACAUUGUUAUAAUGUUUAAUCUAUAAGGAAUAAACAUGGUAAUAUUAAACAACAAACUUCUAGUUCUGGCUAAGUGUAUUUUCAGUCACAGGUAAUGAAAAUUGGUGGAAGUAACAUCGACUGAACAUCUUUUCCUGUUUGGAUGGACCAGAGUGGCUAUGGAUGGACCAUUGCUGACGUCUCUGCUGAGCUGCAUCAUUAAUCAUGCCCUCACAGCUCAUCUGACCAUCAGUCCCAGCAGAUCUCAGCUGUUUGAAGAAGACUUUGUGUCUCUGAUCUGUGAGGAGGACGACAGCUCUGCUGAAUGGACGGUGAGGAGAAACACGACCAAGAAGACCAGGACUCAGUGUGGAUCUGGGUGGGGAAAACCUGCUGGUUCUUCCUGUAACAUCAAUGUUGUUUUCACAAGAGACUCUGGAGUUUACUGGUGUGAGUCCAGAGAGGGAGCAACCAGUAACAGCAUCACCCUCACUGUCACUGGUGGAUCAGUGAUCCUGCAGAGUCCUGUCCUCCCUGUGAUGGAGGGAGAUGACCUCACUCUGAGCUGUCAAUCAAAGCCUCCCUCCAACCUCCCAGCUGCUUUCUAUAAAGAUGGCUCCCUCAUCAGGACUGAGUCUACAGGUCACAUGACCCUCCACCAUGUUACCAGGUCUGAUGAAGGUCUCUACAGGUGUAGCAUCAGCAGUCAUGGAGAGUCUCCACCCAGCUGGAUCUCUGUCACAGAGAAACCCACCACCACACCUCCCCCUACAUCCAUCCCUCCUCCACCCGGUCCUCCACUCUCUGUGCUGUUGCCUGUUCUUUGUCUCCUUGCUGUGGUCCUACUGGUGUUACUGGUUCUACUGGGGAGACGACACAUUCUCAGAAAAUCUAAAGCUGAUGAUGAAGAUGAAGAGGAAGGCACCAUGUACAGUGACAUCAUAUAUCACAUGGUGGACAGCAGGACAUCAGCAGACACAGAGGUAAUAGCUUUUAUGUGUGUGUGUUGCAGGAAAUCUGGAAAGCUGCACGUAUGGCUGCAUUUUGUACCGAUGUGUUUAAAGGACGACGUCUUUAAGAAGAACUCCGUGUUUUAAGCUGCAGCAGCAGUUUGUGGAACCAGAACAUACCAGGAAGUGGGACUAAUGGCAUAAAAUAAACUAAUAAAAUGCUAAAUGAAUGCAGCUCUGGUGGAAUAAAUGUGACGU